AUGCAGCACAGUGGGCAGGGCCCUGGCAGUCUCAUCCAGGUGGCGGCCAGUUAUGCCAGUGCACACCCUUGGUAGCAGAUGGACCAGGCCUCUUCUCCUCAGGUGGCAUGUAGCCCCCUGGAUCCCUGGGUUGAGCAGCCCUGCUGUGGGGAACUUGUAUGCCGGUGUACAACCAUGGAGUAGAAGAGCAUAGCUGGUGGCACUUCCAGUGGUAGGCCCGUAGUACAGGGUCCCUAGGGUGGGGGCAGGCUUGGCUCUGGCCUCAGGAUGGACUUCCACUGGGUGCUAGGUUCAGACGGGCACCUCUGACUACCUCCUUGGCUGCUGAACCGCUUUUUGGCCCAACUGGGUGAUUACAUGUCCUUUCACUUCGAGCACUGCUAGGACAGUCUCAGCCUUGUUGAGAUCCUUGGACACCUGACUGGUGAUUCUUGGUGUGGCAGCCCCUCCCUCGACGGGGAGCUGUCCCUGUCUGAUGAUCAUGAGCUCCUCCUGGAGGAUCUUGAGGUGGACAGUUUUGCUGAAUACCAUGUGCUAUGCCCUGUUCCCUGUCUGGCCUCAAGCCAGCUGCCAGUGGCCCCACAGCAGCCUGUGGUGAGGCAGUACCGCCUGGCACUCAGCAUAGGUCCCCCCCAGGCCUGUCCAGCUGCUCUGGCCACCCUCUCGGUUUCUCAGUCCAGCUCUACAUUCAGAAGUGCAGUGCCUGAGCAGUAGCAUGGCAAGAAGAGCGCUGGGCCUGUGGGGCCCAUUCUGCCCAGCUCUGCAUGUGGCUCAGACCUGGGUCUGUGCAGCCCCAUCCUGCCCAGUUCCUCAUGUGGCUCAGACCUGGGCCUCUAGGACCAGUCUGCUCCCAGCCAGAAGACCAUACCUGUCCCUACCCUUUCAGGAUCUGCUAAAUCCCCCACCCAGAGACCACACCCCACUUUCCCAGGGGGUCCAAACCCCCAGAAAACAGAAGAAGGCUUCUGA